AUGGAUAUUGAUCAGACGGUUUUCUAUCUCUCCUCAAGGAACCGCUACGCUUCGGAGAUCAUCAAACAUCCUGACAAUAGCAACCGAACAUGCCAGGACCCUAAAGACCCGAAGAAGCUAUGCCUGCGAAUUGGAUUGGAUCAAGAGUCCAAGAGUCCACCAUUUCUCGUCAGCUUCGGCAGACGAGACCAGAACGAUGUGAUCCUUGGUAAAGGCUUUCCGAAUGCUCAGUGCUAUUUCGAUUUUAAUAACGAAAGUGGAGAGCUUCUGCUCCACGACAUAUCGGAAGCUUGUGAUACGCAACUCCAGGAGAUCGAAAGUAUAAACAACGACUAUGAAGACGAAGAUGGGGAUGGAGAGACAAAGGAGAAGCUAGGCUUCCCCCAAAUAUCGAAGACCCGUCGGCGAUGUGUCGUGCUUCUCGGGCCUGACUUAUAUCACGAUCGCAUCGAGUGGCACUUCCAGAUCCGUAACGCUAGGUUUCGGUUGAUACCAGGACCAACACAACUGAUAAAGGAACUGCAAGUCAAGGGGUCGCUAGCUCUUGAACCCCAUAGUACCUCGCCCAAGCAGGGAAGUGAUAAGGUGAUCCGAUUUAGAAAGCUCAAACCACUUGGAAGUGGCAGCCAAGGUGAAGUGCACGAGGUUGUCGACCUGGAUACUGGUACGCACUACGCUUGCAAACUCGUCGACGUGAUGAAAGGGGCAACUGAAUGGAAGAAUCAUACCGGGAAAUUUUAUCGGGCAAGAGUGAUAUGGGAGGUAGAAAUGGUCCGGAAUCUGAUGCAUCCUCACAUCGUGCCGUACACACACGUCCGGGAAUUGGUGGCCAGCCCCAACAUCCAGAUCUUCAUGCCUGUAUAUGAGGGCAACCUCUACAAUCUAUUGGAAGAGCCCAGAGUCGAUGGGAAAGAGGGGGUGCGAGAUAUAAUCAGCCAGAUGCUAUACCAGAUGCUCCAGGCACUGGAUUUCGUUCAUUCUCGCAACCCACAAAUCAUACAUCGAGACAUUAAGCCUCCAAAUAUCCUGUACCGCGGCAACAACUUCUUUUUGACAGACUUCGGGAUCGCAAAAGCUGUCGAUACAUCAAAUACUGUCGUUGGAACGCCAAAUUAUAUGGCACCUGAAGUUAGGGAGAAGAGGGAGCAGACGUCCAAAGUUGACAUAUGGGGGCUCGGCGUGACGGUGGUGGCGUGUUUAGAGAACCCAAAAGAUUUUGAGGAAGAAGGAAGUCGUACGGAUGGGGAGAAGUGGUACGAGUACCUCCAGAAGAGUUUGAGCCAACAUCACUCUUCUUCUCUCACAUCUAUGGUCAGCGUCGACCCGGAUGGACGUCCAGCGGCUGACGAGCUACUACGGCAACACUGGCCGACAGGUGCCACCUUGAGUUCAGCAGCAGCGCCGCUUUCGCCACAGCCUAGGGGAACGAUAACGCCUAUCCUCAUGGACUGGGUGCGAACGGUACCAGAAACACAGCCUGCGAGGCCUGUCAAGCGUAAGAGGUCAUCGUAUGAUGCACAGUUGCCGCCACCGAAACGGUUUCGUAAGGCAUAG